AUGAAUGUAAGAUACAAUACAAUAUUAAAUAAGUAUAAAUAAUUGAAGAACCUCAAUUCUUAAUUACUUUUGGAGAUAGCAGAAUUAAAGUAAAAAGAUAUCUUAUUUCGUGAAAGACCGCAAUAGAAGGACAACAAAAAGGUUGAAGAAUAUUUAUAGUUAGAUUUUGACUAAGCACUUGUAGAUCUAAAAAAUGAGAGGUAGAAAAACAAAUAUUUGGAAAAUAUGAUGCAGAAAAUGCAAGCUGAAAAUCAAGAAUAAAUAGGUAAUCUUGAGAAAAAAAUUAUCCGAUUAAAAGAGAUAAUAUGAAAUAUUAUAAAGAGAAUAUGAUUAAGGGAAAAUUUAAAAGUACUAAUCUAAAAGAACAAUUCUAAUAAAGAAUAAUGGACCCUAACAACCUGAAAAGCAAGUUUAGUAACAAGAGAAUAAUGAUUUGUAAAAGAAAAAGAUUAUCAAUGUGGAGAAAAAUGAGAUUUUGGCUAUAGCUUAAUAGGUCGAUUGA